CAUCUGCCUACGCGGCGACGCCGAUCCGCGGCUGCCUUUCGCUUCUCUCCCCCUAGCUUGCCCGGUUGCUUGCCCGCCCGCGAGAGGCGGCGCGGCGCCUAUUGAGGGCGUGCGGGGCUGCGGCGGGGUUUCUCCCCCUUCGCCCCGCGACUCAUGGAGAAUGGGGGCGCCGGGAGCGACCCGCUUAGCCCUUUUCUCGAGGCGGUGGAAAGGCCCCAGGCGGUGGCGGUGGCGGCGUCGUUGUCGUCGUUAUUCCGAGGCAGGGCUGUUUGGCCCAACCGAUUCUUGCUGUGUCUGUACGCGGUGGGCUUUCUGGAUUUCUUUGGUGUCAGUAUGGUUGUUCCCUUGUUAAACCUUCAUGUGAAAUCUUUAGGAGUGAGUUCAACAAUUGCAGGAGUGGUAGGAUCUUUAUAUGGAAUACUCCAACUCUUUUCCAGCACCUUAGUGGGAUCUUGGAGUGAUCUAGUUGGAAGACCCCAUUGCCUACUAGUAUGCAUUCUCUUCAGUGCAAUAGGUUAUUUUGUGCUUAGUAUAUCCACCAAUGUCUUUUUAUUUGCCAUUGCUCGGACCUUUGUGGGUAUUUUCAAACAUACACAUUCCGUUUCCAAAGUACUCAUUUCUGACAUGGUUCCUAAGAAGGAGCGCCUUUUAGUAAUUGGAUAUUUCAAUGCUAUUUCGAAUUUUGGUUUCAUUUUGGGACCAGUUGUUGGAGGCUAUCUUACAGAGCUGGAAGGUGGCUUUUACCUGACUGCAUUUAUCUGUGCUUCCAUCUUUGUCUUGAAUGCUGUUGUUUUUUGGAUGUUGCUACGAUAUGGAAAAAAGAUGCACAGUCAUGAAUGGACCAUUAUUAACAAAGCCAGAAGUAUUAUUUCAGAAGAAGUAAAGCACAGCCAUCAGACUACAACUUCAGCUUACAAAGCCACGUCAUCUGUUCAUCAUAGGAACUCCUCUUGCAUUGAAGUUAUGUCUGUGCUGAAGAGGUUGGGCAGUGUUGCAAAUUCUAAUCUAUGGGAUGUUUUUUUGGUACGGCUCCUGAUGUCUGUUGCGGUUAUGCUCUAUCAUAGCAAUUUUAUCUUGGGCCUUGAAGAAAGGUUUGAAAUGAAGCCCAAACUCACUGGCUACCUAAUUAGCUAUAGUAGCACACUUGGAGUAGCUGCUGGCUUUCUCCUUGGACCUAUCACUAAAUAUUAUAGGCACAAUACUUUUGCUAUGUUAUUGCACUCUACACUUCUUACCUGCCUGUUUAUGUUUCUGUAUUCUGUAUCAGAAAGUCUUUGGACAGUCAUUUUGUCUUGUACAUUUUUAGCAUUUUCAACCACUGUGGGACGUACAUGUAUUACAGAACUUGAAUUAGUUCUGGGUGGGGAUCAAGCCAGUGGUAUGCUUAUUGGUGUUGGUCAGUCUGUUUCAGCUGUGGGUCGCAUAAUUUCCCCUCUUCUCUCAGGUGUUGUGCAGGAAUACAGUCCACGUGGCCCACCAAUUCUUGGAAGCCUGUUGGGGAUUUCAGCAAUUCUUAUCAUGGUCUUUAAUAAGUCACGAUAUUCUGUCAGAAGGACCAUGAAAUUUAAAAGUAUGUAAUGACUUAUUUACAGUGCUUUCCUUAAAGAAACCCAGAAAAACUCUCAAAGCAAUGUUCUUCAAUGUAGGGAAAAUAGAAAAUUAUAAAACAGAGCAAUAACAUUUUAAAUCAAACUGAAAUCCUUUAAAGAAAAAGAGGAACCCAUGUUUUCAGCUUCCUUGUGUUUAUGUAGAAUUUGGACCAGGGAUUUUUUGAUGGCACGUAAUACCAUUUUUCAAACCUUUUUUAAAUGUUGCUUUGAACAUCAGUGAAGAAAAUGGAAGAACAACUGCCAUUCCAGCAGAUAUUCACUCUCACUGCAUACAAGGCCUUGAAGAGAUGUUAAUUUGCUUAAUGGCAAGUUGGUUGUUGAGUUUAAUCCCCAAAGGAUGACUUUGUAUUUAAAAAUAGCAUUCAUUUCUCAGUCAGAAACAGAUUUUGUUCAAAUUCUUCUAAAAUGAGUAUUGAAACUGAAAACUAUUUUUGAUCAUUCAGUUAUCAAGAUUUCACCAAGUGAAUCGAGCUCCUUUUAAAAGUACAUAUUUAAGUAGUCACAGUUGUGUUUGCACAGUCUCUUUCUUCUUCAUAUCAAAGAUCAGCUGCUUCAACUGAAACAUUUGUUUAAUCAAGCUCCUCACAGUUUUAAUACAAGCUAUUUAUUUAAUACAAAUUUGACAUUGA